AUACAAUUCUUUAUCUGAAACACCUCAACUCUUUUUAAGAAGGGAUGAACGAAUUUAUGGAAGAUGUUUGACAGUCGAUGAAGUAGACAGAGAAGUAUGGUUGAGAUAUUCAUUCGAUAUUGAUGGAUGCGUUUUGGAAUUAAAAUCUUUGACAGCAAUUAGAAUGCCAGUGAGACAUAUUACUCUGUUUCCCCACGAUCAUGCCAGUUUACGGAAUGUUAGAAGCGUUUUGAAAAAACAUAUAAAAUUACCACAGUAUAGUAAAAGCGAACUCAUGACAUUUUCAAACAGCCUAGGCUUUCAAUUAUUCUAUGAGAGGGGAUGGGAAUGUUGGAUAGGAUUAAUUCCUGUGCACCAAAUGCAUUCAGUUGCGUUAUCAAAGCAGCAAGUAAGACAACAAACCUUAGCCACCUUUUUCCAGCUGAGGGAAAGUUUUAAAACUUCACUAAUGACACUUGCCUUGAGGGGGGAGGCAACGAGAACUCUGCAAAAGAAUGACAUUAAUGACGCUCGAAAAAUGUUCAUUUUACCUGAUGACUGUUGUCCCAUACUCGAAGCAUUGCAAACAUCUUUAGACGAACUGCCUCAAAGUGGAUUUUUAAGACCAAUCAUAUUUUGCUUCAGAUUUGGUGAAAAAAUGACAUGUGGGCUAUCCUUGUCAGAUUUCUUUACCGAAUUAAUACUGCGUACAACUAUUCAUGUUGCCGGAAACAUUUUGUCAGACAGUGAAGACGUUGAUCUGCUUUGGUCCACAGUAGGUUUGGAACAAGUUAUUGGCCACAGAGGAACACUAAGUAGCUGCUUAUCGUUCACAGACUGCGGUAAUUAUCAGAGCAAUUUAGAUGGCAGAGCAAUGGAUGUUAAAGAUUGUUUGAUGAAGAUUUGUCGUUUUCCACAAGAUGUUCAAUUUGUACAGCUUUAUGCUGACAUUCCACACCGGCAACCAAAUGGACGAUAUCAUCCAGUGUCUGGCUGCAUUGUUGGGGGUAUGUGUUUCCCACGAUCGACAGCGGAAGCAUUUCUACGUGACGCAGAGCAUUAUAUAUCAACAUUACAAAGUAACUGGACAUUGCUGAGGAAAAGUGCAUGUAGGAUAGAAUUUGUCGUCUCACAGGAUUCUGUUGCAGACCAUUUGCAUGCCUUGGAUUUUAUUGAUAUAACAAAUCUUGAAUUUCUGUUAGAAAGUUGUCCUAUGUUGGUGCCUUUUCCCAGUCAAAUUCUCACAUGCAUUAGACAUUUGGGCUUAUGGAUUUGCAAGGAACUUCAGGAACUUUUGAACGAGUAUCAGAAAACAGGAAAUGUGCUUGCUACCUGGCAAUCCUACCAGUUAGAACUAGCCUCAGAAAAAAUGUUGUGGGGAAAACCACUUUGUGGAAGGAGCACAACAUACUCA